AUGUGCAUUCAGAAAACGAUUGACGAUGAUUUGUCAACGAUGGAAAUGCUGGGAUCCGUUCAUGAAACGAAGCUUGAAGGUGACACCAACAGUGUUUUCACUAUUGUCUUGGCUCAAAGGGAUCGUUUGAAGCUACGUGUUGGAGUAUUGGAAGAGGAGUUGAUGGCUGAAAAGACAAAGCAUGGGGUGCUACAGACGGAAAUUGACAAAUUGCGGGAAGAUAAUGUGAAGUUGUAUGGAAAAAUAAAGUUUCUACAGGGAUACGGUAAUGUUUUCUUGUGA